AUGGCGAAGUACCAGGUGGAAGUGAGCACUGGAGACAAGCCCUACUCAGGGACCUACGACCACAUCUAUGUGACCCUGAUCGGGACCGAGGGCCAGAGUAAGAAGACUGAGCUGGAUGGAUGGGGGAGGGACUUUGUGGCUGGUACAAGCAGGACAUACACUGUGAAAACUCCCUCCUCCCUGGGCUCUCUGCUGCUGGUGCGACUGGAUAAAGAGGCCCUGAUCCUGUUGCCUGAGAACCAGUGGUACUGCCGCAGUGUGCGCGUGAGCACGCCAGAGGGCGCCACAGAGCUGUUUCCCUGUUACCGCUGGAUCUCCAGAGGGGAGCGCGUGGAGCUGCGUAAAGCCACACCCACAAAGGUGUUUGAGGAAAACCAUCCUCUGCUUGAGGCUCAUCGCAAACAAGAGAUGACAGAGAAAAAGGAGUGCUUCUACUUCAUUGUGUUUAAAGAGGGACUGCCCCACUGCUGUCAGCAUGAGACCACCGAGGAACUCCCCCUGGAACUGCAGAGGUCUGCGGUCCGUCAGGCUGAGUCCGACCAAAGCCGAACCUUUAUAGGAUUAGAACUGAAGAUCAAAGGUCUGCUGGGAUCCCAAGACCGAUGGGAGAAGGAGGAGGACAUGAAGAACAUCUUCUGGUUUAAGAAGACAGCCAUAUCAGAGUAUGUGGCUGAUCACUGGAAAGAAGACGACUUCUACGGCUCACAGUUUUUGAACGGCUUCAACCCCAUGUCGAUCCAGAGGUGCCAGGAGCUUCCACAGAACUUUCCUGUGACCGACGAGAUGGUCCAGCCCUUUCUGGAUGAAGGCCACACCCUGAAGACCGAGUUAAAGGCAGGUAACAUCUUCAUUUAUGAUGCAAAGAAGUUUGAGGGAAUUUCCCCAAGAACCUACAACGAGAGACCUCUGCAUGUGACGCCCGGUCUGUGUCUGCUCUACGUGAACUCGCAGAAGCAGCUCAAGCCCAUCGCAAUCCAGCUGUACCAAAAACCUGCAGAGGACAACCCGAUCUUCCUGCCCAGUGAUUCGGAGACCGACUGGCUGCUGGCCAAGAUGUUCAUCAAUAAUGCAGUUAUAAUGGAGCACCAGUCUGUCCAUCACCUGAUGAACACACAUCUGCUGGUGGAGGUCUUUACCGUAGCCAUGCUCCGCCACCUCCCAACAGUGCACCCCAUCUACAAGCUCCUCAUACCACACUUCCGAGACACUAUCCCGAUGAACAUCAAAUCACGCGGCUUUUUGUUUGAUGCGAUUUUGUCAUUGACCUCUUUAGGGAAAGCAGGCCUGGUGGAGCUGAUGAAGAGGUGUCUGUCAGAUUUGACCUACAGCGCCCUCUGUCUGCCGGAAAACAUUUCUUCUCGGGGGCUGGACUCUGUGCCGAAUUUCUACUACAGAGAUGAUGGCCUCAGGCUCUGGGCCAUUAUAAACAGCUUCGUGCAGUCCGUGGUGGAGCACUACUACCCCUCAAACACAGAUGUGUACAAAGACUCAGAGCUGCAGAACUGGAUCAGUGAUAUUUUCACCCAUGGCUUUCUGGAAAACAAAGCAUCAGGUAUUCCUCAGAGUUUCGACUCUGUGCAGGAUCUGGUCAAGUUCCUCACCAUGGCAAUCUUCACUGCCUCAGCCCAACACGCGGCAGUCAACGGUGGUCAGUUUGACUAUCAGUCCUGGAUUCCCAACGCGAGCCUGCUCCUGGUGAGUCGUCCCCCCUCCACCAAAGGCCAGUCCUCCACACAGACGCUCCUGGACGCUCUGCCCAAUGUGGGAGACACUGCCAAGUUUGCCGCCAUCGCCUGGGUCCUGAGCGAUACAUAUUCAGAUGCGACUCAGUUGGGCACGUACACGGACGAGCGUUUCGAUGAUCCAGCUGUGAUCCACAUGAUCGAGGCGUUUCAGGCUGAACUGUCUUUUCUGGAGGAGGCCAUCACAGAGAGGAACAAAGGGCUCCCAGUGCCGUACACCUACCUCCUCCCCUCCAAUGUGGAGAACAGCAUCGCAAUCUAGUGCCCUAUCCAACAUUUCACUCCUGAUUAUGAUUAAAGGUGCACUGUGUAACAUUU